CUCAUAUCUACACCUAGGUUCUUGCCUUGAAAAUUUACAUCGGUGAGCGACUUCUGGAGUUUUGCGCUCACCUUACUUGCGAAAAGCUCCAUUCUACAUUUUCUGGCAAGCUUUGGCUUCCCCACACCCCGUGAUAUUCGAGUUCUCGAGUCAAUUGUCACCGUUAGUCGACUUGAAAUCUGUCCUAGACUAACGCAAUGGCUGCCACUAAAGACACGGAAGUCGUCCUGAAUAAGGGCGACGACGUUGGCCCUCUCGCAAACGUCGAUGCGACUCAUAUCCAUCCAAAAGGUACGACCGUCUCCGACGCUAGCUCUGGAAAUGGGCAAAACGAUGGACACGGUGUUCCCGAGCUAGUUGGACAGCAAAACAGCGGGACGACCGUUGCUGAGUUGGAAGGGAAGAGUACAGGGAAGUGGUUUGCGUACGUGAAGACAAAGGACUUUUGGCUAGUCUUGUUACUUGGUCAAGUCCUGAGUAUCUGUAUCACAUCGACGAACACGCUUUCCCAGCUACUCUCCUUGGAAAGAACGAGCAUUCCUGCUUUCCAGACCUUCUUCAACUACGUUCUUUUGAACCUUAUCUACACCUCAUGGACAAUCUACAAAUAUGGGUUUAAGAAGUGGGUAAAUCUUCUUCUGAAAGAUGGUUGGAGGUUCUUCAUUCUGGCAUUUAUGGAUGUAGAGGGAAAUUACUUCACCGUUUUGGCAUAUCGCUAUACUACGAUCCUUUCUGCCCAGUUAAUCAAUUUCUGGGCCAUCGUCGUCGUCGUCAUAAUCUCCCUCAUCUUCCUGCACGUCCGCUACCAUAUCACCCAAUACGCCGGCAUCAUCCUCUGUAUAGGCGGCAUGGGCAUCUUGUUCGGAUCCGACCACAUCACAGGAAACAACGUCUUCGCCGCCGCCAACCAACUCAAAGGCGACCUCUUCGCCCUCCUCGGCGCCUCCUUCUACGGCCUCUCUAACUGCUUCGAAGAAUUCCUCGUCAGCAAACGCCCCAUGUAUGAAGUCAUCGGCCAACUCGCUUUCUGGGCCAUGUUGAUCAACGGGGUGCAAGCUGGGAUCUUCGACCGGUCCUCCUUCGCAAACGCUGUCUGGAACGCGAAAGUCGGGGGGUAUAUGACUGGGUAUACGCUCAUCCUCGCACUAUUUUAUUCCCUAGCGCCGCUCAUGUUCAGGCUUUCUUCGGCAGCGUUUUUUAAUAUUUCGCUUCUGACGGGGAAUUUCUGGGGCGUGGCGAUUGGGGUUAAGGUGUUUCACCUGCAUAUCCAUUGGAUGUACCCCAUUGCCUUUGUCUUGAUUAUUAUAGGACAUGUGUUGUAUUUUUGUAGGCAAAGUAUGCUGGCGGAAAGCAAUAAGCCUUGGUUGGGGGAGAAUCAGGAAGAAGGUAUUGCGGGGAUUGGAACGGCGAGGAGGAGGGUUGAGAACCCGGAUGCUAUUGUUUAGAUCUAUGUUUCUAAGGUGGGAAGGCAGUGGUCGGCUAGGGUUGAUUGGCGGUUGGAGGAAGUAAACAUAGCCUAUAAUUGGAGGAAGGGCUUUGGGUAGAAUGCGAUGCGAAACAGUUUGGAAUACUACUAAUACUGUGUGUGAUAUGGUGAGUAGGGAUAAUGUGAAUGGACGCUGUUACCCUCUAC